UUCUUGCACUUCAUUUAUCUGCACAGCUGGCUUGGAAUCAGCUUAGCUCUGCCUCAAACAACCGAAGGAGGAAAAAUCUAAACUCUCAGUGAGUACAAUAGCUGUUUUCCCAAUCGUAGCGCAGAUUCUCCCAGCUCUCUCGUCUGCGAGGGGCGAGCGCGUCUGUUUUCUCGCGCAUGGGUGUGCGCGUGUGCGGCGAGCUCCAGAGGAGGAGGGAUGCUCUGUGAUCUCAGCAGCAGCAGAGGCAGCAGUCUGAGCCCCAGCCAUGCGGCUGAGCAGCGGAUAGCGCUAACAAGCGCCGGGCUGUAGGACUACGGCAAGACCAUGCCUGCGCAGAGAGAGGACCCUCGCUUCUGUCAGCGUUAGCUCCAGCCGUGCCUUCGUUCAUCUCCCUUUCAGUCUCUUUCUUCUCUGUCACCUCUUUCAAUUUGUUAAUGUGGUGCUGAUGAAGGGAAAACUAGCUUGAGCUGUUUGGCUCAGGAUGGAUUGUCUGUGUAUUGUCACAACUAAGAACAGGCCUCCGGCAGUACAGGGCUCCCAGCACCAAAGCCACUCUCCAGCAUGUAUGAACCCAGCCUUGAUGAGCUCCCCCUGGUACCGGUAUCAGGAUGAUGAUUCCCCUCCUCCAGAACACGGCUUCCCGCGGCUCACCAAUGAAGUUCGAGCGCCGGAGCUGGUGCACGUAUCAGAGAAGAACCUCUCAGAAAUUGAGAAUGUGCAUGGCUACGUUUCCCACUCUCACAUUUCACCACUUAAGCCUGCGCUGGUUACCCGGUUUGAUCUAACAUACCCGGGGGUGACCGCGGCAAACUACCUGGCAAGUCCUGCCCCAAUUAUUGUCAACACGGACACUUUGGAAUCUGUACCAUACGUAAAUGGGACAGAAAUUGAAUAUGAAUUUGAAGAGAUUACAUUAGAGCGGGGUAACUCAGGGUUGGGGUUUAGUAUAGCCGGUGGUACAGAUAACCCUCACAUCGGCGAUGAUCCUGGGAUCUUCAUCACAAAGAUCAUCCCUGGAGGAGCGGCAGCUGAAGAUGGCAGACUCAGAGUGAAUGACUGUAUUUUGCGUGUAAACGACGCAGAUGUCUCGGAGGUGUCUCACAGUAAGGCGGUGGAGGCUCUGAAAGCGGCCGGAUCGAUUGUGAGGCUCUACGUGCGCAGGAGGAGACCAAUGCUGGAAACCGUCACCGAAAUCAAACUCAUAAAAGGACCAAAAGGGCUCGGCUUCAGCAUUGCAGGCGGUGUGGGAAACCAGCACAUCCCGGGCGAUAACAGCAUUUAUGUCACUAAAAUCAUUGAUGGAGGAGCUGCGCAGAAAGACGGACGGUUGCAAGUUGGAGACAGACUGCUUAUGGUGAAUAACUACACUCUAGAAGAGGUGACCCAUGAAGAAGCAGUGGCCAUAUUGAAGAACACGUCGGAUGUUGUAUACCUAAAGGUUGGGAAACCCACUAGUGUCUAUCUCUCAGACCCCUAUGGGCCGCCUGAUAUCACACACUCAUUCUCACCCGCUAUGGAAAAUCAUAUCUCUUCCCCCGGUAAUAAUGGCACUCUGGAAUAUAAGUCCAGUCUUCCGCCCAUCUCCCCCGGCCGAUAUUCCCCCCUGCCCAAGCACUUGCUGGGGGAAGAGGACAUUAACAGGUUGGAUGGUUUUUCCUUCCUACGAAACCCCUCGUUAGAUGAGAUGGAAGGUCACAGGUUUGAUUCCCAGCACUUCCAGUUGAGGCCUCCAGAGCCAGUUUACAGCACUGUGAACAAACUGAGUGACCGCGCCCCCUCUCCCCGUCUCUACUCCCCCGUGGAGUUUGAUAAAAGCCCCAUGCACUCAAUCCCCCACUUCCCUCACUAUCACGUAGGCCUGCUCCCUGACUCCGAGAUCACCAGGGAGCCCAGGAAGAUUGUUCUGCACAAGGGCUCAACCGGACUGGGCUUCAACAUCGUAGGAGGAGAAGAUGGAGAAGGCAUUUUCGUUUCUUUUUCAUACUGCAGGAGGGCCUGCAGACCUCAGCGGAGAGCUGCGGAGAGGGGACCAGAUCCUGUCCGUAAAUGGAAUCGAUCUGCGAGGUGCCACUCACGAACAAGCUGCAGCUGCGUUGAAAGGAGCGGGUCAGACGGUAACCAUCAUCGCCCAAUACCGGCCCGAGGAACUUGCCCUGUGCUCCCCACGCCGGGCCCCGCCUCCAACUGCAGGUUUGUGCCAUGUGAUCAGCACCUGGGUCAAGAACAGUACCACACAGACAGACUGCACAGAGCUAGACCACAACUAAUGACUCGGCCGCUAGAACUGCAGAUUUUACAGUUCCUUUGUUUUGCCUGAGGCUUAUGGGAACUC